GGAUAAGCGUGUCGUGGAGAAGAAGGACCAAGCAAAGAAAGAAAGUCAUAAAGUAUAAAAUCUUAGAAAACAGACUAUAUUCUGAAAAUCCUUAAAGACUCCUGCAUUUUUAAUCUUAUCCAUCUCCUCGAAACCAUCACACUGUUGGAAGAAACCUAAGAAAUAGCAAAAUCCAACAGACCCAUUACUCCUAUUAUUGAUCAGACUCGGUUAGACCAAAAGACAAAACUGAUCACCGAGUGAAAACGUACGAAACCUGGUCGGAAGUAAACGAAUUUAUAUUGUCUUAAUAUGUUUGGUGGAGGAAGAGGACCCAUGGGCGGCGGCGGAGGGAUGUUACGCGCCGCCGGCCGAGCGAUGACGAGGACAGGCGUAGCCAACGGCGGAAUUCAAGAUCCCUUUGCUUCAUCACCGUCGUCUUCGUCGUCUUCUACGGCUGGAAACGCCUCUGUCUCGCAUGCCCAGAAACUGGGAUCUUCUUCUGGGUCGAGCAAUCUGAUGAUUUCGGCAGCGUCAGGGUCGCCGUUGAAUCUACCGGUGGCUGCAACCUCCGGAUGGAACGGAGGAGCUUUUUCGUUUAUAAAUUCCGGUGCUUAUGAAGACUUUGAGUGGGUUUCGGAGGAAGGAACCGAAGAAGAUGACUCUGUUUUUGGCUCUGUUCCCUCUGUUGAUGAAGUCCAAGAUGCUGUUUCUGCUCUCCAGCAGGUCUUCGAUGGUAGCUCGUAUCCUCAGCUGGUUAGAGACAGAUAUGAGAGCUAUCCGGAAAAUGGUGGUGGAAAGCAGAGCCCCAUAGCCACAGGAAUGGUUCAUCAAGUUCCUUCAUUUGGGUCAGAUUUGGACUGGAUGGAGCCUUCAAUGCAACUUUGCCAAUCAAGAGUCUUACAGCCUCAUGCUUAUGAUCAGGUUUACAAUGCUUUUGACCUACUCCGAACCGAACCAUCCGUCCAGAGAAUGGUAAUAUCAUUGUCAUCUGACAAAUCAGUGUGGGAGGCUGUGAUGAACAACGAGGUAGUGCGAGAGAUUAAGGAGCUGUACAACAAUGGCAUAAGUAAAGAUGAGGAGAGUUCAGAUGACACUCCCGGAGAGAAUAACGCAGCAAUGGGUUUCAUAAAAUGGAUAUUUGAUAACACAAUGGUUAAGGCCACGGAAGUGUUUGCCAAGAUAACAAAGGUCGUGGUCGAGCUCUUCAAUACUCACAAUGACGAUGGUGUUAACAGGAAGGGGAAAGAUGCCAAAUUCAACAAUUGGCUUGAGGAAAAGCUGAUGACUUCGGUCUUGCUCUCCAUCGUGGUCCUGCUGGUCGUGAUGGUGUCCCGAGCCUGCAACAAGUCUUGAUCGGUUUCAAAUUUGUCGACAAUACAAUUGGUCCUCGUCUCUUAGACACUUCUUGUUUAGCUUUCUUGCAAGUCAUAUUGUGGUCUGUUUUGGUAAUCUUUGGUUUUGUACUCAAUUGUUGACAUGGUAGACCAUUUACUCAGUCGCGUUUCUAUCAUAAAGAACUCUGAAAACGUUCAAAACGUUAAGAGUUUUCUUUUAGCCCCCAA